GUGGGAGGGUUGUACUGCUAACAGCGCCAGAAGACGACUAGCGGUGAAAUUGAGUGGAGAAAAAAAUGGCGGAUAACGAGCGUAAAAGGAGGGGUAACACCGACGACAGAGGGCCGCAGGAGGAGGGAGGCAGAGUGAAAACUAAGCCUGUCUCUUGUAGCACUGUGGGGGGAGAAGGGACCGCAGUCAAACGCACAUCCCAGCAUCUCACCCACGAAGAUGAAGACGAGUCUUCAGCAGACCCACCAGCACCAACCAAAGUCUCCAAAAUAGGCUUCAGCAUGAGCAGUCAAUUGGGGAAGAAAACAAACCCCAUAUCUAUUAAACUGGGAGCACCGAAGCCCAAAGAGACUGCGCCAUCACUUCCUGCAAAAAAGCUGGGCCUAGCGUCUGUUUUUAACGAAGAUGAUGAUAGUGAACCUGAGGAGAUGCCUCCAGAAGCAAAGAUGAGGAUGAAGAACAUUGGGAGGGAAACGCCAACAUCUGCAGGACCUAAUUCCUUCAACAAGGGCAAACAGGGAUUUUCCGAUCAUCAAAAGCUUUGGGAAAGGAAGCUCAAGUCCCAAGCAGAAAACUUGUAAAUAACUACAGCAAAUUUUGUCACUACUAGCUAAUUUUGUAUAGGUUAACCAUGUUAAAUAUCAGUGAAGGCUCAGAUAAUUAGUCAUUAGAGUCCUAGUUUUUCCAACUUCUCUGUGGGUCUGUGAUGAUGAAUACUUUAAGCCUGCUUUGAUUGUGACUGAAUUUGUUUCCACUUUGAAAUACUGGUUGACCUCUGUGUAAAAGGUGUGAACUGGUGAUGAAAAGAAAUUCCCCAGUAUGAUGGCUACAAUUGUAUUUGCUUUUUCAGGUUAAUGAAAAAAACAAAACUCUCACCUUACGCCCCACAUUUUCCUUUGCUCCUCUCCAAAGCUGGUGAGCAAGUGUGCUGCUUGCUUAAUUUCUGUGUAAAAAUGUAAAUAGGAGUGCCACAGUGUUUUAUUUUUAAAAUGCCACAAAUCAGAGUGUGAGACCUAUGCUGUCUUGAGUGUGAAGUACACUAGACAUGGCAUGAGUUUGUCAGUUCCAGAUCCUUGGUUUUCACCGGCUGUGCCACCUCAGUGUUUAUGUUAUGCUUGCUUUCUUUUACCCAUUCAGGCUAAUUACUGUAGAAAUAUGUCUGAUUUCAUUUCUAUGUCCAAAACUAAUAUGUCUGUAGUUGACCUCUGUGUGAAACCCAGACUGAAUGCGGCAUGAUGUGGAUACCAGGGUGUGGGUAACAGUGCUGUUGAUAUGUUAAUCAGGCCCAUUUUAAGUUGCACCUCACUGAUAUACAUUGUGCUUUACAGUCUGGGGGAAAUCCAUCUUAAUGAGAAAUAUGAACUUUGAAUUUCUGUGGGUUGAGUGUUCUGUUAACGUCCCCUAAUAAAUUCAAUCAACGUUAUGCUGAAA